GCUGUUAAAUACCUCGCCUCGCUCCUGAGAGUCGCCGCUAGGGUUUCUCUUCACCGCCGCUGAAGCCGAAUUCGCGAUUUGAGAAAAGAUGGUUCAACGGCUGACGUACCGGACGAGGCAUAGCUAUGCCACGAAAUCCAAUCAACACAGGAUCGUGAAGACUCCCGGAGGGAAGUUGGUUUACCAGACCACUAAGAAGAGGGCAAGCGGUCCGAAGUGCCCUGUUACUGGCAAGAGGAUCCAAGGGAUCCCUCAUCUUAGACCUGCUGAGUACAAGAGGUCAAGAUUACCCAGGAACCGAAGAACUGUCCACCGUGCUUAUGGUGGUGUUUUGUCUGGUACUGCUGUGAGGGAAAGGAUCAUUCGAGCGUUUUUGGUGGAGGAACAAAAGAUUGUGAAAAAGGUUUUGAAGAUUCAAAAGGCGAAGGAAAAGGCUUCUUCCAAGAGUUAAAGUGGUGAGAGAGUUUUCAAACACCCGAUUCGGAGUAUGAAGAGUUUGUAUUGUGAGGUUUAAAAGCUUUAUUACAGUAUUUUCCCUGCAAUCUUUGAAAUAUGGCAUUUUAAUUUUGGGAGUUUCUCUCUGCUUAGUAUGUUUUUUUUUUUGUGUUUCUUUAGCUCUUAUCUUGCAACUCAUUGAUAGGACCCUUUCAUGCAAUUUUGAAAUUUUACUUUCACUAUAUAAUCGUUUUGGUCAUGACUACCCUUCCCUUUAA